CGCCAAUAACCCAAACCGCAGCAGCAGCAGGAGGUGGUGCUUUUCGCUGUGUCAGAGCAGAUUUACUUCCACCGCCGUUCUUUCUGCUUACUCGAUCUGCACCGCCUCCGUCUUCCGAGUAAUCUCCUCCUCCCAGGUUUAGCAUCGAUCUGAUAAUUCUACCAUAGAAAGUUUCAACCUUGAGAUCUUCCGAGUUGAUCAUCGUCCCAAUUGUUAGAAUCUGGGAUUUGAUUGUAUUGCUCAAUCAGCUCGACCCACCCAUCCUUCGAUUACGCAAUGUCUUCAGCGCAAGAUCCUUUCUACAUUGUUAAAGAAGAGAUUCAGGAUUCUAUUGAUAAGCUGCAAUCUGCAUUCCACAAAUGUGAGCGUAUCUCUCCAGGCAUGGGGGAUCAAGUUCAUGUCACCAAGGAGCUUCUUGCUAACUGUGGAAGCAUUGAGUGGCAGGUAGAUGAGCUGGAAAAAGCGGUUAACGUAGCAGCAAAAGAUCCUGCCUUGUAUGGAAUUGAUGAAGCUGAGCUUGAAAGACGGAGGAGAUGGACUAGUAACGCUAGGACACAGGUGCGGAAUGUGAAGACUGGUGUGCUAGCUGGUAAGGGUAGUGCUGGAGCUGGCAAUGCAAGUGAAGUGCGGAGAGAGCUAAUGAGAAUGCCAAACUCGAGUGAAGCAAGUAGAUACGAUCAGUAUGGAGGAAGAGACGAUGACGGUUUUGUGCAGUCAGAGUCAGAUAGGCAAAUGCUGUUGAUAAAGCAGCAAGACGAAGAGUUGGACGAGCUGAGUAAAAGUGUAGAGAGAAUUGGAGGAGUGGGGCUUACUAUACAUGAUGAACUCGUUGCACAGGAGAGAAUAAUAGAUGAACUGGGUACGGAGAUGGACAGUACAAAGAACAGGCUAGACUUUGUACAGAAAAAAGUGGGGAUGGUGAUGAAGAAAGCAGGAGCGAAAGGGCAGAUGAUGAUGAUAUGUUUCUUGCUCGUCUUGUUCAUCAUCCUCUUCGUUCUCGUCUUCUUGACCUAAGACGGUCUUUUGAUGUUACUUUUGUUUUAUGUUUUGUGGUGAAACAGAAAGGAACAUAUUUACAUAAAAAAGUUGUCUGAAUAUUCAUCUUAUCAAAAAUCCAACCCCAAAUGUAUUUUUGUUUUGUAACUCGGGAUACUUGUUGGAGAUUGAAAGUCUAUAUAUUUUUGUUG